AUGCGAAUGCUAGACGUUGGGAAUACAUUUAUUCUUUUGGUUUGUAUUUUUACACGGGUUGAUGCUGCACAAACAACGGAACAUUUGGAAUUGGAGGAUCCCCGUCCAACUGAGGCACCACCAUUUGACCCAAAGAGGGAUAACUUCACACUGGCUGGUCUGAAUGCAAAGAAAUGGGAAGGGCCUUACUACCAAGAAGCCAUGUUGGGCAGUGUGAUUUACCUUCCAUGUGCGCUUACUCCGCAAAUGACCAGCAGACUGUAUCGACAACGAAAAAUGGCUGCGCAAGAAAGUUACUAUUGGUCAAUUGUAUGGGCCCAUCAAAACUGGGACACAGUCGUCGAUCCAUGGCUUGGCGAUGGACGAAGAAGCUAUGAUAUACUUCAGGUGGUGCCUUACUGGAAACCUGAUAUGAAUGUUCAGCUGGAGCAGGCUCGUUUGACCAUUCUGGAUGCAAACCCAACGGAUAACGGAAUAUAUGCCUGUGUAGUUGCUAUGUAUCCACCAGAAAAAGGGUUAUCUCCUGUCAUCCUAUCGCAAGCAGAUUUGGUGAGUAUACACUUUCUGCGCAUCAAGUCGGCAUACACAAUGGGACCGGAUUGUAAGGAUAAGGAUCCGGAAGAAAACGUCUACUGUCAAACUGGUUUCGAAGCAUGGACGGAAAACGUCUUUUAUCCAUCCGGCUGGGCAAAAGGAGAUGUACUGUUUCAGCAGGAGUGCAAUGUCGAUAUAUUCCUCACUGCGCUGACUCUCGGUGGUGUAGAUCCAACCUUCUGGAGUAUUGGCUGGAGGUUUGUACCUCUUCACGCAACAGAUGACACGGCUGCAGUAGAGAUGGAUAACAAACUGGAAAUGAAUUUUCAAGCUCCAGUUCACUUGUGCCAUCCUGGAUCGAUCGUACCCUGCUCAUAUAACGACGACAAACAACGCGGGGAACCGGAAAUCGGUGACCGUGAUUUGGUACUGGCUCAGAGACAAGCCGGAAACUUUUGGAAAGCACGUUGGCUCGUGCUCACUGGUACGACACCGCAAGCUUCGGGCAAAUGGCAAUGCUGGGUACAAGGUUUGGGGAUGACGACGCACCCUAAAACAACCAGCAUUCAGAUACGAUGGUUUGUCGACGAAAUACAUGUCAAAAUCUUGACUGAAGACGGAUUGUAUACGUGGUGGACAACUGUGGAGUUUUGGCGUGUGUUGGGGUUGGUUUCAGCACCGACCAUUUUUCUUCUGAUUGGGCUGAUAAUGGCUGUUGGUCGAGCGGCAGCUUAUUUGCAUCCAGAGAAGAUCCCACCAAAGAAGCACAUAAAACUGCUUCUCGAACCUGCUUCUGAAUCACAGACUGCGGGCAGUGCACAAGACGGGGCCGAUACAUUCGACCCCUAUGUCUAUAUGAAUCAAUUUCUGAACAAACAAGGAGUUCAAUCGUACCAUGUUGCCGGAGGUAGAAGAAGUCAUAGAAUGUUGUUCCGGUAGACGAUGUGGAUGAAUUGACAUGGCAAUGGGCGCUCGGAAAUGGCAGAGCAAUGCUUAUGUUCUAAUUCAUUUGAAAUUAUAUGUGAAAACUUGAACUUUUCACAAACUUGAUUUGCAACGUUUGGUGUCCUUGACUCAGCUCUGACGUGGAAGUGGUUUAUAUGCAACAGAGAAU